CGAAAAAUCAGUCGAGCGAUCGUAGCUGACAACAUCCUACACGCAGAGCAAGUGUCAUGAAACAAGUAUUGGAUGUUCUCCAAGACUCGACGAUUGCGUCGAAGAGCGGCAAGGACCAUCGCUCUCGUUUCUGGGGGGUGUACAAAAGAGUCGCGGAGGAGCAUGACGGCGAGUUCCUUGAGAGAUACACCAGCGAUAUGGACAUUGUCUUGGUCUUCUCUGGUCUUUUCUCCGCCGUCAGCACGUCUUUUAUCGUAGCGAUGGAGUCUAAUCUCAGUCCCGACCCCAACGACACCACGCAUGCUCUUCUCGCGCAGCUUGUACAGAUUGGGCUCGGCAACCUCGCUGAAGCGAGCUCUGCGCCUGCAUCUACGUGGUCGCCAUCGGCGACGACUAUAUGGAUCCAAAUGAUCGCAUACGCGAGCUUGUCCAUGAGCUUGCUCGCUGCUUUCGGGGCCGUACUGGGCAAACAGUGGCUCGGGUACUACAAGUCGAACAGAUAUGGCCGCGGCUCGCAGGAGGAACGAGGGAAGCGCAGGCAAGAGACGUUCGACG